UAACUCCAAUUCAGGAACAUCCAGUAUAAGAUAAGAACAAUCGAAUUGGUAAAAAAACUAUUUGAGUUUUUUGGUUCAAACUCCGUCAUCAAACCUCUUUUUCUCACAUUAGAGAUAUAAGUAGAUAAACAAUUACCUUUUCGUUUGAGAUCAUCAUGUCCGGCUCAAAAAAAAAAAAAAAAAAUACAGACAUUGUGACGAAAUUGUAAAGUGCUCUGUUUGGGGAAGGAGCGCUCAAAAAUCGGAGUUAUACUAUGAAUAUUAAUCACCUUAGCUUAAAAAUGCUAUCCUUCAGGUUCAGAAGCUAAAAAUAGAAGGACUAACAUCAGGAGGUAGUUUAUGGUUUCCUUCGAUAAUAACAUUAGAAGGAAGUUACUGAUUCGACAGAAAAAUAAAUGUGUAAUGAAUAUUAUGUAAAACAAAAAAUUAAAAAUAUUGCUGGAAUCAAAUUAAAACUUUCUCGUCAGUUAUUUCGAGAAUACCCAUAUUUGAAUGAGCUCAUUUCAAUGAAACACUACCAUUUUAUAUUUUUCAUUAUCUUAUGGAUCAAACAAAAUCCUGUAUCCACAGUUACGGUGAUUAAUAAGAGGUAUAUGGAAUGGUUUGGUAUUGAUACAAUUCGAUGAUUGUAUAUAAAAACUUGAGAAUGAAGGGAGUUACUGAUUCGACAGAAAAAAAUGUCUAACGAAUAUUAUGAAGAAAAAUGGAAAACAGCCCAAAUAUUGCUAGAAUCCAAUAUACAAAACGAACCCUCUCAGGUCGACAGAAGAGAACAGCGUUUCCUCAUAGCCAAUUCAUACUUGAAAUACAUCUUGAUAGCCAAUCAAAUGACAGAAAUAAUAGACCAAGUCAUUCAGAUCCAGAGGAGAAAAUUUAUGAAGAAAUUGUUGGAAGCUAUACUGGGAAGAAUUCUCGAGUUGAAAUAUGACUUAAUUGAAGCAGACCUCAACGAAUGGACACAUUGUGGAGAUAUUAUCGAAUCCUUGGGUCUGAACCCUAUCGAUUGUGAACUAAAUGUUCCCUCUUAUUUCAGAGAAGAAAAUGAGGAUUUCAUAAGAAAGCAGAAGUUAUUGAGGACGUGUGAAAUAAAUGUAGGUUUAUCUGAUAAAAUUGAGGAGACCCGAGUGUCAAUGACUGAGGAACAAGCUAUUCUUUCCAUACAAACACAUGAACGUGCAAGACAAGGUCGAUUAAGAGCACAAUAUAUGAAGCAGAUGAGACAAAUGAAAGAAAUCUCUAAACAGCCUAUUUUAUCACAAUCUGAUUCAGCAGAUAUGCUUUCAUCUCGACUUCUUGCUGCCCUUCGGAUUCAAAGACAUUGGAGAGGUUUUAUUGCAAGAAGGGCUAUGCGUAAAACUAAACUUCAGGAGAUGAUGUUAUUGGGAAUGAUUCCAAGUGUAAGAUAUACAGAUGAAGAAAUUGGAGAAGAUUUACUGAAUAAAGAACGACGAAGGCGGUUACGAAAAAAUUACGAAGAAGAUUAUAAUGAAACUCUAACGAAUAUAAAAAAAAAAUUGGAGAAGGAGCAGAAAGCAGCUAUUCUGGAACAGUUGAGUGAACAAAUGAGGGGAUGGAUACAGGAGUAUAAUCAGCAUACCGGAAGAAUACCUGAGAUCACUGGUUCAGAGCGUACUACUUCAAGGUUGCAAAUGAGUCGGCAAGGAACUGACAGUGAGAUCAGUAAAUCUAGCCAGCAAAAUUCUGGAGAAUCGAAAUCGAAAAGGGAGGGUAGUGUUAAAUCAAAAUCAUCUCCAAAUGAACCAGAAGAAAGCAACAUACUUCAGUCGAAAAUGGUCCCAUCUAUAUUCUUGCCUGAACUGAAUGAAAGAAAAGAUGAAUAUAACGAGACAUGGAAGGAUAUGGAGGAUUCAGCAGACUUCCAUCAACGGUUUAAUAGAGAUUUUAUUGUCCAAGAGGAAGUUAGUAACUUGGAAAAUCGACUUAGAAAGGUGGUGGAUGAAAUAAUGAAGUCGGAAUUGCAACUCCUUCAAGAUGCCCUGGAUAGAGACAAAGGCUUCAAAAUGAAAAAAAGGUCUAGUAAGAAAGUGAAAAGAAGUGGUAAGAAAAGUAAAAAAAAGAAAGAGAAAGAUUUGACUCCUGAUCGUACUGACGAAUCUUUAUUUGAAGAGCUCGUCUCCAAUGGGAUCAUCAAAAGUCAUCCUGAAGUUUACAUGAGGCAAUUUUAUGGUGAAAGAUCCUGUAACACUCCGGUACCAUUCAGCAAUCCCACGGAACCGCCAAAUUCUCUGGGAGACCUGCGCCAAUUGCUGAAAGAAUUUUGCAUUUUACCUUCACUAACUCAACAUUUACAUCAAACUUCACCUCAUGUUAAAUCAGUAUUACUGGUUGGCGCAAAGGGAAGCGGAAAAAACAUGCUUGUACAUUCGAUCUGUACAGAAAUUGGAGCGACAUUCUUCGACAUUUCACCUCCAAACAUUGUUGGAAAAUAUCCUGGAAAAUCCGGUUUGAUAAUGUUGGUGCAUUUGAUUUUGAAGGUGGCGAGACUAUACCAACCCUCCGUUAUUUAUAUGAACGAUGCGGAAAAACCAUUUGUCAAGAGGAUUCCAAGAACUGACAAGACGGACCCAAAGCGGCUGAAGAAAGACCUUCCGAAAAUUGUGAAAUAUUUGGCACCUGAAGAUAGAAUAUUACUGAUUGGGGUUUCUAGAUCUCCGUGGGAUUGUGAUCAGAGAUUGUUACAAAGUGUUUACCAAAAAUUUAUAGUUAUUCCUCGACUAGAUUAUUGUUCCAGAUAUGCAAUAUGGUCUUCAAUUUUGAAGAUGUAUCCAUUAGUUGGUUUCGAUAUUAGUUUGGUAACAAGAAUAUCUGAUGGAUAUACAGCAGGAGCUAUCAUAUCAACAAUAAAUGAGGUUUUGACUGUAAAACGAACACUGCAACUCUUGGUCCAUCCUCUUCAUCCAUUGGAACUAAUAAGCGUAUUGUGUACCAAGAAUCCAGUAUAUAAGGAGGAAGAGGAGAUGAUUUCUGUAUGGAGUCAAAAAACACCAAUGAGUAAAAGACGAUCUAAAGUUAUUGAAUUCCUUAAGGAGGAAAGCCUCGAAUUGCAAGCAAAAAAGACGGGAUCUAAAAAAAAAUCGUCUUCAACAAAAACCAAAUAAACCCUAGUUUCAAUUGCAAAACUAGUUAUCACUGCAUCAUCUGAUUAUUAAGUGCCAUGGAUGAAGGCUCCGUUAAAACAAAAAAUAUAAAUGAUUUAAAAGCACUAAGUGAGAAGCAAUUGAAAAAGAUUUUGUACUAUGACAAAAAGGAGGAAUGUAAUGCAAAGAAAGUAGGACCAUUAGUCAAACUGAUACAGUUUGAGUUUCUCAGAAAUAGAGCAACGCUCAUGGCUUUCAAAUGCCUACUGAAACAUGGCAUGUUUGUAAGAGCGGUUUGAAAAUUGUCUCAACCAUUGUAUCUGACCAUGCACCAAUGAAUGUUUCUGAUAUAAAUAAAGUUAUAGAAAAACAAGAGAAUAUUGUUUGAGGAAUGGGAAUGAAAUCAAUUUCUCAGGUUAUAUUGUUGUUAUUGAAGAAAUUUUUACCACUCUUACCCACCUUAUCUCCUCAGAUAUUUAGAAUUCCCGCUUGACAAAAGAUUUGCACUUUCAAGAUGGCAUGCUGAAAUUUGAUACUUGGUCACAUUGUUUUGAUAUCUAUAAUAUAGAUAAGAGGAUGAAUUCAUUAAACCCUCGUUGGCCAAAACCUUCUGAAGAACAUGUUUGACCACACAAUAAAUAAAAUAUGUACAAAUACUCAGUCGAAUAGUAUAUUAAAUAAAAAAUACUCGUAUCAUAGCUUUUGCAUGAGAUCGAUGAGAAUUAUAUAGAUCCUUCAGCGAGGCAUACUGCUGAAUUUCUCCUUUUUUUUUGAAGGGCUCUUUGAUAGUGUGAAUGGACGCUUGAGGCUCACUUCUCGAAACAAAAAUUUGGUUUGUAAAGUGACACAAAUUUUCCAUCAUGAAGACUUUUGGAAUAAAUCUCUAUGCAUCCUGGAAUCGAUGUAAUUUAAGCAUAGGUCAUCCACAAACCCGAUCAUUACCUCUUUCUUAAAAAAAAUCGAAAUCACACUCACGGCUUGUUAAAUUUCUUGAAAGUUUUGAAACAGAUAGAAUUCGAAUACCCAUUGAACAAAUAUUUUCACCUUAUAAAAAGUCGUGAAGUUGAAAUGGAAAGAACCAAUUUUGAAGGUGCACUCUUUCUCAGAGGAUUACGGUGUUUCAACCCGGAAACACUGAUGGAAUCUUCAGUAUGGCACUCCAUGGUGUUCCAACAGACAUUAAUUCUACAAAUUAGGAGUUAAUAGCACCUCUGUUCCGUUUAUUUCAUUUCUCCUUCAGACUUCAGCGAAGUUCACGCGUUGAAAAUAAAUAUUGUAUAGCAUAAUAUAACACAGAUUACAUAUAUUAGUCCAUAAAGUAUAGUCUUUGGCAUGAAGUAACUAUAUACUGUUCCCUUGUAUAACCUCCAACUGGAGUGACAGUAUUAAAAAGAUUUAUGAUGAUUAAUGAUUAUGAUAUUGUUCGAUUCGUUUUAUUCCUCAAUAAAUAUUUUAUUUGAAGGAUGAUUUGAUAUAAAGACUUUCUUUAAGUGAUGCUCAUUGAAUUGUAUUUAGAGUUAAUGGAAUUCAAACAAGCGAAGAUUCGAUAUUCCCAGAAAAUGUGCAUCUCCAUAUUCUUGGUAU